AUGGCAAGCUCUACCUCAAGUCUCGCUCCUCCAUCUCCGACCAAUGUCAAGCCAAGGCGCAUGACCUCGCCGUCGUUGCCUCCACCAUCGCCUCUCGAUCUGCCAGAACCUGUCUAUGGACAUCGACGACCACCGUCUCCUCUUCGGCAGAGCUUGACAUUGGACCCGAAGACAGGCGAACUCAGCGACGACGGUUCCACUCUCGAAUCUAUCGACUCGCGACCCUGGGGCGAACAACGCUCGCGUUCGCCAACCCCAUCUGUAGCCAAAUUCGCCGCAAACAUUGCUCAGCGGGUAGGAUCGCUCAUGAGCCCCCGUGCCAACAAUCAUCUUCCGACAGACGACGAGCUUGAAGCAGAAGCGGAGAGGGAGCGAGAGAGAAGCAGGCGUGAGGCCGAACGUAUCAUAAUGACGGAAGCGGAGGACAGACGAACAGUGGAAGAACGCGUCCUAGCCAUGUUGCACGGAGAUGGUGGUCCGCCCAACUCGUUACCUUCGCCGUCGCGUGCACAGACGAUGCCAGCCACACCGCCUUCGCCUUCCUCGUCGCAGAAGGACGCCAGCUGGUGGUAUUUGGCGAAAACCAAGCUCACGCCGACUAAAGAGCCUCUUACUCCAGCGCAACAGAUCAUACAGGAAACGAAAGCACGCGAAAAGGAAUUGGAGAAGGACAAGAAGAAGACUGAGAAGAUGAAACAGAAAAGCAAGGAAUGGCCGUCGUCUGGAGAUGGGAGAUUGGAUGGUCCGUCGUUCGUACAGCCUGGACUGGCGACUGCUCCAGUUACACCACCGCGCGCUAUCCCGCCACGCCCCAUCUCUGCAGCGUCGUCUUCUCCCGUCCCGUUCCCCCGCGGCCAGCCCAGCACUCCUCCUAGUCUGGCAGCUUCUCCACUACGUUCAAACGAUGGCCGUGCGCCUCCUCCACUGUACGCGCAAUUUGACUCUCAGGGUACGCUGGACGUGCCAGGGACUCUGCUUACGAUUGUCAAGCGUUUUGAAAAGCUGGAGAAGUGGACUGUAGGUCACGUCCGGGCUCUAGAGGAGCGCAUGGAUGACGUUGAACGAUGGUUAGUAGAGAAGGAUAAAGGCGAGAAGGAGAAAGGCAGUACAGACGGCGAGAAUGGUGAUGCAGCCGCUGCUAUGGAUGAAGUGAGAGAGGAGCUCGCAGAGCUCCAAGGCCGUCUAAGUGAGUUGGGUCGCGAAAUGGCGAAGAUGAUUACAGCGCCUGGCAAUCUUUCCUCUGGGCCUUCACGAAAUUCCGCAUCCAUCACUCGGGCUCCGUCUGCCACGUCCUCUGUUGCGGUCUCAUCUACGUCCAUUGCGGUGCGGUCCUUUUCUAACCAAGUUUCUACGAGCCCUACGACUACUCCUCCGAAGAUCUCGGGUUCCACCAGUCCACCUAUCGGCUCCCAGAACUCCCGGACACGUUUGCCAUACCCCACGGGCGACUAUGCUACACCACCAGAAACAGCAUUGCUCAGCCAAGGCCCAUUCUCGCCUCCCAACUCGCCGCCUUCUUCACUUAUAUCUACUUCGAAGACGAGGCAGACAUCCAUCUCGGGCCUACCUACCGAGAAUUCUUCCGCCAGUGUUUCUCCAGCUGGACUUCCACGUUCGGCGUCUCCCAUGACGUCUGCAAGCCCGUCUUCUCUUCCCCGUCCCAAUCCAUCGGCGUAUCGCCAGGACAGCAUGAGUCCCACCCCCCGGAAACGUUAUACAGUUGCGUUGGGUGGGCCGAUCAUGUCAGCAAGUCGUAUUGAUCGCGAGCAGCCAGCAACACCCCAUUCUCGUACCCAAUCGCGGGAAAUCAGCACCGCCUUUUUCUCGACGUCUCCUGCAUCAGCCUAUGACGAUACCCAAGAUAUCACCGACGAUUCUGACAGUUCACUCGGAAAGGAUGAUACCAUCGGGAAGUCGAUGGCGAGGCAUAAUGAACUGGCCGUCGCCUCCGAUCCUUCCUCGAAGUCGAGAGCACGCGUGCGGCCUCAAUCGAUGUAUUCUCCGAUGGCGCCAGCCCUCGCUGCACCAUCACCCGUCACGCCACUUAAUGUCCGUCUCCGUUCGCGUUCAACAGACAGGUUUGGACUGGGUAUCUCCCACCCUAGCUUUACACCCGUUCCGCCCACUUCUGGGAAGUUCGUGGAUCCGCUUGUCGUCCGCAGACAGACGAAGGAGGCACUAGCGACUGCCUUCCCAGAUCCUCCGAAAGUCAUGCCCGGAAAACCUAAGGUUCCCGUUGGCCAGCUUGUCGCGUAUUUUGACCAGGAGAAGCAGUGA